CAUAGCGUGCCAUUGGAUGUUUGCGCUCUACGUAAUCAACCCGCGACACGUGCGGCUGCAAACCAAAACACUACAGUGCUACACUUUUACCAUUUUAAGAGUACGACAACGACGACAUACGGUAAUGGCAAAGUCAGAAGUCGUCCCGACAAGGUUAUAUGUUUUAGGGGAAUGUCAGAGAGGAGACUGCGCUACGGAAACCACUCAGCAAGAAGAGGAAAACCCCUUUAACUUCAGCCCUCGGCUCAUCUAUCAUCCUAAGGACCAUGAACUGUUCGAGGAUGGUGACGUGGAAAGACACAUGUACCUCCAAGACCUUUAUAUUUCAGAGACACAAGAAGACAACGCAACUCUCAGUGUGUCAGAGUUUGCCUGUCACAUCUCUGGAUGCAAUGCCACCCACAGCACUUUGGAGGAGUAUGAACACCACUACAACUCCUUGCAUAGACACGUUUGCUGCUCCUGCCGACGCUCUCUGCCCUCUUCCCGGCUCCUGGAUAUUCACAUUCAGGAGUGGCAUGACUCUCUCUUCAUGAUCCUUGCGCAGCGGCAAGAUAUGUACCAGUGUUUGGUGGAAGGAUGUGAACACACAUUCAGGACGAGCAUACUCAGGAAGGACCACCUUGUACGAAUUCACAAGUAUCCUCCAGACUUCAGAUUUGACAAACCCAAAAGAGACAAGGGACUUCGAGAGUCAAAACAUCAGCAGCAGACAGACACCGCAAUGGAGGUAGUGGAUGACGGGAGUGAGGUUUCGUGUGACGAUAAUAAGUCCAAACAAGGCGAGCAAGAGGAAUCCAUGGAGAUGUUAGUUUCCACAGCAGAAGUUAAAUUAACUGAAAAAUGUGCCUCGGCGGAAGAGCAGGCCAAUAUUUUUCCUGCGGUCCACAACACAACAAACACACACCACGGUGAUUCCUUGAAGCCACGAUACUCCUACAGGGUGCCAUCUAAUGUGUGCUUUGGACACGGCUCCAUCCGAGGCUUCAGAGGUCACAGAGGAAGGAGGAAAUAAAACCUAUAAAAGGUUUGCCUUUGCAAUACCCAUUUUUAUGAUUAAUUCUCUUAACAAAUUACAAUAAAUAAAGUUAAUAACAUUUCA